AUGGUGGAAGACAAGACAGCAGUCGUGUACGAAAAAGUGAGAACGAGAGAGAUGAGAAAAAUGUCCAGAAUGAAGACGAGCCGGAUAACAGAAAUGAAUGGCGAAUCCAAUUGGAUUGAAAACACGAAGACUGUGGAAAUUCCCGACUACUUGGAACGGACUCUCAUGUUGGGACCAAAUUUCAACGUGGAGAACAACAGAAACCUUCCGUACAUCGAGCUUGUGGCAAGUAUUGAGAAAAGUAUCCAAAACAAAGAAAACGCGGACGAGAUAAGGUCGGAUGUUUCCAAUGCGAUGAUCAACCACAUCAACUAUCAUCGACAACCCCGUCACCAUCCGGAGGAAUGGAUCCAACAGGAUGUCAUCAAGAGCCGAAAGUACCUGAAGGAAAACCCGAAUCUGGUGAUCACACGAGCGGAUAAGGGCAGUAAAACGGUCAUCAUGGAGACGGAAGAAUACCACGGGAAGAUGAAAACCCUUCUCGAUGACGAAAACACGUACAAGAAGUUACGGACAAAUCCUACGAACAAGAUCGUCAAGAAAAUCAACGGUAUCAUCGAUGAAUGGCGUAGAAAGGAAUAUAUCGACUUCCGAACCCAAAGAAGAUUGAAAGAAUCGAGCUGCAACCCACCUCGGAUCUACGGACUACCGAAAGUACAUAAGGAAAACAGACCACUCCGACCAGUUGUUUCCACGAUAGGAUCGGCAACCUACAACAUAGCCGGAUACCUUUUCGAUUUCGCGAACGAAAUAACAGGAGUGCAGACAGAGGAAGGAGAGGAGCUGUUUUCCCUGGACGUGGUAUCGCUGUACACAAAUGUACCAGUGGACUACGCUCUGAUGUGCCUAGAGGAACGAUGGACCGAGCUAGAAACCCACACAAACAUAGACAAGGAAAGCUUUAUGAAGACGGUAAAGGUAGUACUCGAGUCAACCUUCUUCGUAUACCAAGGUACAAUAUAUGGACAGACGUACGGAGUCCCGAUGGGAUCGCCACUAUCCCCAGUAAUCGCCAACGUAGUGAUGGAUAAACUGGAACAGGAGUGCAUAAAGAACCUGGAGGCGAAACAAAUACGAAUGAGGGAGUACAAACGGUAUGUAGAUGAUUGCAUGUGUGUCGCGAGAAGGGAACACAUUCAAACGAUCGUAGACACGUUCAACAAUUUCCACGAACGUCUACAGUUUACAGUAGAACAUGAAGUGGGCGGGAAAAUGAAAUUCUUGGACAUGAUGUUAGAACGUGCCGAGAACAAAAUUACUACGUCGUGGCUUCCCAAACAACCCGACGGUAGGUAUCUGGAUUUCAAAUCCAAAAGCCCAUUUCAACACAAACAAAAUACGGCGAUCGCGCUCAUUGACCGCGCGAUCAAAGUAUCCUGUGGAGAUAAACGUGCGGAAGCACUAAACCACGCGACACGAAUCUUGCGGAAAAACCACUACCCCACAUGGUUCGUAAAUCGCGUACGAAAGAAACGUGUACACAAACACUACAACUGUUUGGAAGAAGCAGGUACGGCAAACCAGCCCCAAAAGUUUGUGUCAGCUCCCUACAUACCAAGUUUGAGUGAAAAACUUAGGAAAACCCUACAACGGAACAACAUAAUCCUAGCCUCCCGACCACGGAACAAAAUUAAACACAUGGUGUUUAGCCAAAUGAAGGACCCGAUACCACCAGGGAAGCAGACGAAGGUAGUGUACUCGAUACCAUGUGGAACCGACGAUGGAAAAGUGUACAUAGGACAGACGAAACGCAUGCUGGAGGUACGGAUGGCGGAACACCGCAACGACUGCAAGAACCGAAAUCCAAAAUCGGGUUUGGCGGUACACACCAUCGAAGAGGGCCACGUGUUCAACUUCGAGAAAACGACAGUACUGGAGCGCAUCGAAGACCCGGAGGUAAGGAUGAUCGCGGAGGUAUUUCACAUAAAAAAGCAAGGCGAUCAGCAAACAGUAAACCUCCAACGAGAAUGCGGCAAUUUUAACUCCACGUACAACGGACUAUUGGCUCGGCUUCGUGAGGAACCACGAACACGAACGCAGACACGAACGGCGCAAAACACGAACAGUACCGAUAACGAAACGAACGAAGUGCAUGCUGAGUAG